GUUGGUUUUAAGAGAGACGGGGGGAAGUUCCUCUGUUCGAUACAUUUAGCGGUGACUAUUUCCGCCAGUAAAAGCUCAGAGAGAGAGAGAGCGGCAAACCAAGCCCCGCUGCAGCUGUCGGCUCUCCAAUGUUUUUUAACUGUUGAGAGUGAAAGCAGUCAGCUCGUCCCCUCUCUUCAACGCUUCAGGAUCUUCUCUCCCAGCGAAUGCACCAGCCAUGGAAACCCUAGGUCUUCAACACACUCUCUUUCCCCCAAACCCCCGUCUCUCGCCACCAUUCUCCGCUACUUCCCGUUGCGCAAAACCCUCAAGUUUAAGUUUAAGCUCAACCUCGAGCCUUGCCUCCCGCCUAAUCUCUCUCUCCCACUCCACUCCCACCUCCCGUGCUGGCGCCCUCACAUGCUCCGCGCUGUCCUCCACCUCAUUAGUCGAUCAUUCGGCGAAGUUUCUGGAAGCUUCGAAGAACGGGAAUUUGAUCCCGCUUUACCGAUGUAUAUUCUCUGAUCACCUGACGCCGGUUCUCGCGUACCGAUGUUUGGUCAAGGAAGAUGAUAGAGAAGCUCCAAGCUUUCUUUUUGAGUCGGUUGAGCCUGGUCUCCAGGUUUCUAGUGUCGGGCGGUAUAGUGUGAUUGGAGCUCAACCAAGUAUGGAAAUUGUAGCGAAGGAAAAUUUGGUUACCAUAAUGGACCACGAAAAAGGGCAGAGGACAGAGGAAAUUGUGGAGGAUCCCAUGACCGUUCCUCGGAGAAUUAUGGAGAAAUGGAAACCUCAACUUAUUGAUGAUCUUCCUGAAGCAUUUUGUGGUGGAUGGGUUGGCUAUUUCUCAUAUGAUACAGUGCGCUAUGUAGAGAAGAAAAAGCUGCCAUUUUCGAGUGCCCCUCUGGAUGACAGAAACCUUCCUGAUGUUCAUCUAGGCUUGUAUGAUGAUGUUAUUGUGUUUGAUCAUGUGGAGAAGAAAGCAUACGUGAUUCACUGGGUGCAAUUAGAUCAGUAUUCUUCCGCUGGGGAGGCAUAUAAUGAUGGAAUGAAGCGAUUGGAGAAGUUGGUGUCUAGAGUACAUGAUAUAAUUACUCCAAGACUGGCUGCAGGUUCCAUAAAAUUAUCUACUCGCCUUUUUGGGCCUUCAUUGGAGAAGUCAAGCAUGACAAGUGAAGCAUACAAGAAGGCAGUGUUGCAGGCAAAAGAACAUAUCCUGGCAGGGGAUAUUUUCCAGAUUGUAUUAAGUCAGCGAUUUGAGCGGCGAACGUUUGCUGACCCAUUUGAAGUUUACAGAGCAUUGAGAAUUGUUAAUCCAAGUCCAUACAUGACAUAUUUACAAGCUAGAGGGUGUAUUCUGGUUGCUUCAAGUCCAGAAAUUCUUACACGCGUGAAGAAGAAAAAGAUUGUCAAUCGACCCCUUGCUGGAACCGUUAGAAGGGGAAAAACACCUAAAGAAGAUCUCAUGUUGGAGAAGGAGCUUCUUAAUGAUGAAAAGCAAUGUGCAGAGCACGUUAUGCUCGUUGAUUUGGGAAGGAAUGAUGUUGGAAAGGUCUCAAAACCUGGUUCUGUUCAGGUUGAAAAGCUCAUGAAUGUUGAGCGCUACUCCCAUGUCAUGCACAUCAGCUCUACUGUCACAGGAGAAUUACUUGAUGAUUUGAGUAGCUGGGAUGCUCUGCGUGCUGCGCUGCCUGUUGGAACAGUUAGUGGAGCACCAAAGGUGAAAGCCAUGGAGUUGAUUGAUGAGUUGGAGGUCACAAGGCGAGGUCCAUAUAGUGGUGGAUUUGGCGGCAUUUCUUUUUCGGGUGAUAUGGACAUUGCCCUUGCUUUGAGAACCAUCGUAUUCCCAACUGGAACUCGUUAUGACACAAUGUACUCAUACAAGGACGUGAAUAAGCGCCGAGAAUGGCUUGCCCACCUUCAAGCUGGGGCUGGUAUUGUAGCCGAUAGUGAUCCUGGCGAUGAGCAGCGGGAGUGUGAGAACAAAGCUGCUGCUCUUGCCCGUGCCAUUGACCUUGCCGAGUCAUCAUUUGUUGACAAAUGAUGUGAGAGGUGUCUGUUUUGAUGUUGCUUAUUUUAUUUUUCUUAUGAAGUUAAAUUAUCAACUGGCUGUUGAUUAAGUAGCCUUUAUUUUUGUGGGGGUCGAAGACCAAGAAGAGUGAUCGAGGAAUAUUUUCUUGUGGAUGGGUGGGCAUUUUGGAAUGUGCGGAACCGAGCUUGAAAGUUUUGGGCAAUGGAUUGGUGUAGAUGCUGUUUUGAGUAUUAAAGAAUUUGCAUUUGAGUUGAGGUUGGUCUUGUUAGUUCACAUGAUUUUGAUGUGCUGUAUAAAAGUGGGUUUGAACUUUGUCCAAUAGCUCAUGUCUUUUGGCCUGCACCUUUUGAUUUAUUUCGUUUGUACCGAUUAUAUUCUUUUACCAUACAUUGAUUUCGAUCAAUGCAAAGCUAUCAGUGUUCUGUCCAA